AAUCAGGAAUUUUAAUUCACAUUUCCUCAGUUAGCUGUAGAGAGAGAAAAAGAAGAGAGAGAGAGAGGGCUAUUGUUGUUUGUGUUAGUAACGCGAUAUCGGUGAUGGAUUCUCCGGACCCUCUAGAGAUUGGGAGUCAGAUCCGUUACAAUACCUUGGAGGGACUCUUCUGAAUCUUGUGGGCGAAUUUUUAACGCCAUACGCCCACAACAAUUCACAAUUUCAUUUCGGUUCUGCAUAUCUUCUUCUGAUUCUUCAUCUACCCAUAUUUUACACCUUUUGUUCUCGCAUGGGUUGAAUUCCUUGGACGACACAGAGAAUUUUUGAUUGCCCUAAGUUGUUGCUGAAGGUGGUGAAGCUUCGGCUAAUUGUAUCUGUUCGAUUGGUUGGUUUUGAUAAUUGAUCUUUUUUGGCAAUGACGAAGCUCAGGGAACGGAACCUUAGAGAGCUCUACGGUGUCACUGAUUUGCUUACGCAGCCGGAGGCAUAUCACACCAGUCCUGAAAGGGAGUUUCCGUAUACAAGGACCUGUCGAUGAGGGUGAUCUUAGCAUUCAGACGCAUACGGUGAGAUAUCAUUGGCUACAGGGGAUCAUCUCAAGCUGAAAAAAGAUUUGGUAGACAUUCUCCGAGUGAGAAUGUUCAAAUGAAGGUGGAAUCAGGGACAUGUAAUGUGUGCUCAGCUCCUUGCUCAUCAUGCAUGCAUUUUAACCGAGCUGUCUCAUUCAUGGCAUCAAAAACUGAGGAUGAAUUUUCUGAUGAAACAUUUCGGGGGAAGGCAAAUAGUCGGUGUUCCUUUAAUGAUGCUGCUGUACUUACUCCUAAGAGCAGAGCAUGCAAUGAUCAGCAACCUACAGCCAGCGAAACCAGUAACUUACUCAGUACCAGUUCAAGUCAUGAUUCAUUUUCUGAAAAUGCUCAAAGUAAAAUUUUGAGAACAUUUGAGACAUCUGAAGAUGUCAAGAUGCUCCCGAAGCACUACUCAGCUGGAAUGAAUGGUCAAGAUCUGCCUAUUCCAAAAACUAUUUCUGGCCAGAGAGCUGUAAUUUCAGCAAGCAGUCAUAUUGCAUCUAAUUUGGAUAGGAGAACCUUUUCAAAUCAAGAUCAGGAGCAGAAAGGUUCUGACUGCCAUGGCGACAACAUUUCAUGUGUUAGUGGAGCUAAUGAUGCAGAUCUCCCAAAUGUUGAUCAUAAUGUGGACAUGGAGAGGAAGAAUGUAUCAUGUUGUUCAGCUUCAGUUUGUAGCUACCCUCUAGGAAUAAUAGAGAAGAAAGUUAAUGUUCACAAUGCUUCAGGUUCUCUCUCUGAUUUUCCUUGUGAAAUGGAGGAGAGCCACAAUGACUCGAGACCAGGUAUGCUCUCUAAAGAAUCUGUACCAAAAAAGAGUCAUGCCAUUACAGCUACUCUGGUUUUUCCUCAUAAGAUAGAUUCAUCAGAGGUUCCUUCCUCAAAAGAUGUCUAUGCUAGCAAUAGCUCACCCAAAGUACAAACUUUAUAUUCUUCAUAUGCAGAUGCCAAGGAUCUAGAAGAGAACUCUGUUUCUCACUUUCGACGAGAACCUUCUGAAUGUUCGAUGGAACAUAUGGAAUCGUCAUUGGAUAGAGUGGUAAUAAAUGAUGGUGUUGCUGGCCAGAAAAAUACUGCAUGUAACUCUGGUGACAUUCCUUUGAAAUUGGAAAAUAGCAAACCUAGCCUUGUCAGAAGUGCUUCUUCCGUUUCAUUGAAGGUUUAUCCAUGCUUGGAAGCUGAAGUAGCCAUCCCAGAAAAUGAAGCUUUGAAAUGCUUAGAAAAAAAUGAACCAGUUGAGACAUCCAGUGUAUCAGUUGGGGUAGCUGAUACACAGGACCCUCCAGUGCAAUCCCAGCCCAUUGAUGAGAGCGAUGGAUCGGAUAUUCUGGAGGAUGAUGUAAAGGUUUGCGAUAUCUGUGGGGAUGCCGGUCGUGAGGAAAUGCUUGCUUUUUGUUGUAGGUGCAGUGAUGGAGCUGAGCACACUUAUUGCAUGCGAAUAAUGCUGGAUAAAGUUCCAGAAGGUGAUUGGCUGUGUGAAGAAUGCAAGCUCAAGGAGGAAACUGAAAAACAAAACCUGGAUAAAUUGGAAACAGCAUCUGGUACCUCAAAAGCAUCGUGUUUGAAUGGAAAAGAUAAUUCUGGAGGUGAAGGUAUAGUCUGUUCAAAGCUUCUUUCAAACUCGGAUGUCAAAGAAUCAAAGUUGGAUGUCAAAGAUUCAGAUACCGAGGGAACCAAAGUUGGUUCUUGUCACCUUGUCCCUGCUAAGCGUCAAUCAGACAAUAUUGAAGUUGCUUCAGCUGCAAAAAGGCAGGUUUAUGAAACAAGUGUUGGAUCACCGACAACAUCCAGCCCAGGAAGAAAAGCUGCACUGUCUCGCGACAGUUCAUUCAAGAACCUGGAUAAGGGAAAGGUUAAGCCAUCCCAGCCAAUCCCUUUCUCUGGGAACCACACCGCCAAUAAUUCUCAGGAUACUGAAGACUCUCCUACAAUUUCUUGUCAUAACUUGCCAAGGAUUCAAUCGCGACUUCAGUCGCCUCGUGGAACUCUGUUGAAGUCAAAUUCAUUCAGCACUUCAAGUGCGAAACCAAAAGUAAAAUGGAUGCAGGAAGAUGUCUCUCCAAAGAAAAAACUGGCCAAAGAGGUAUAUGUGAAUGACCCAAAAAAGCAGGGAAUUGCGAAAGCAAUAAGCAAAUCUAUGUCCUUCAAGACUACAUUAACUGGCCGUUCAAAUGCAACUGAAGCAAAAGUUAAGAUGCUUCCUUCCAAUUUCAACCGAACUGAGGAUCUAAAAGGAAUAAAACAAGCAAAAGAGCGGACUUUAGUCGAAAGGAAGAGUUCUUUUAAAUUGGAUCGCCCACUUGUCAGUUCAACAACUGCUCUUUCCAGUUUGUCUAAUACAAAGGAUGAUCAAAAGACUACAUCUCGUGCUGAAACUAUGCCAUCACUUUCCUCUGCCGCCAAUUACCAUGAUCUGAAGGCUGUUCAACCUGAUGGAAAAUGGGAUGCUUCUGUGAAGCCAAUAAGUCUUCUUGGGAAAAGAGGACCAGAGUCUACAAAUGCUAUGGCUGGAUUUGGUGAAUGCAAGAGGCCAACCUCAUCAUCCAGUGCCCUUGGAGCUCUAUCUUCUAAUGGAAAGGGCACUUCUGUUGAACUAAAGCCAAGACAAGUUGUCCCCAAGGAGGAACCGAUUUCAAGUUCUACCUGGAACACUUAUAAAUCUGGAAGCAAACCUGAUGUAAUUAUGCAAGAUGGCUUGCCUCAAUCUCGGGAGUCUACAAACCAGGAAGGAAGAACUAGGGAGCCUCCCAUCAGUCGCUCAAGGCCAGUUGGAGGUAAAAAAAUACGAUGUAACAAAUGUAAAGAAAUAACCCUUGGAGCACACUGUUGCCCCAUUGGCAGUCCUCGGGACUCCGUUUUUGAAGCUUCUUCUCCAAGAAGUUCAUGGGAGGUGAUGGGUAAAAGUACUAAACUGAAGGAGGCAGUUGAAGCUUCUGUAAUGAAAAAACCUGGACUAUACAAAAAGAACAAAUUGGGUGAUCAAUCUGAUGAGUUAUCCAUGUCAAGUACUGACUUGAGCUGCGAAGUAGUUCCUAAGGACCAGUUAUCAACUUCUUCAAGCUGCUUGAGGAAUUUGAACUCUGGCAAAGGGACAAAUGAUGGGUGGGAGAUUAUUGGGAGCCCUGCUACCGACUCAAUUGAGACCAUUAGUGUCAUCGAUGUGAAGCAGCAUGUUGCACCCCCAACGGAAGCGUUAUGCAUCUCCAAAGCAGCGGAACUGGAUGCUGCUGCCACUUCGAAUGGGAAUAAAACGAAGACCUUCAUGAGAGAAUCCCAUAUUCUAGCUUCUCCAGGGGCUUCUCAAUCACAGUUUUCAGCUAUUCCAGAGCAUGAUUACAUAUGGCAGGGUAGUUUUGAGGUGCAGAGGAGUGGGAUGCUUCCUGAACUCUGUGAUGGGAUUCAAGCACACUUGUCAACUCGAGCAUCACCCAAAGUUCUUGAAGUAGUGAACAAGUUUCCUUCUAAAGUCCAGAUGGAGGAGGUACCUCGUCUAAGUGCAUGGCCAUUACAAUUUCAGGAGCUCCCUGCCACAGAAGAUAACAUUGCUCUUUACUUCUUUGCCAAAGAUCUUGAGAGCUAUGAAAGGAGCUACAAGAGCUUGUUGAAUAAUAUGAUUAAGAAUGAUUUAGCUUUCAAAGGAAACUUUAAUAGCAUUGAACUUCUGGUUUUCCCUUCAUUCCAGCUACCGGAGAAAUCUCAGCGUUGGAACAUGUUAUUUUUCUUUUGGGGCGUUUUUAGGGGAAGGAGGGUCAAUUACCUGGAACGCAUACCUGUCUGUGAAAACAAGCUUUUGCAAGCCAUUUCAGAUGUUCCCUUGGAUCAAGAUUCAUCUGGUCAUGUGAUGUCUGUAUCUCAGAUAAAUUGUUCGUCUGGUCAAAUGGAUGAACAUUUAUCUUCAUUCAUUGGAUCAUCUGGUGCACAGCAAGCAGCCAAAUCUACUGUCUCAUCAGACUUACUAUUUUCUGGAGGAGUGGAUUUGAACUGCGAAGCAAAAGUAUCUUCUCCUGAUAGGGAAUCUCUGGAUUUUAAGUCAAAUUUUGAUGAGCAUAAUAGUGGUCUCAACGCCUCUCCCUUGUCAAGGGUUCUAACUGAUGUCCAAUGCACAGAACUGAAAAGCAAUGGCUUGCCACUGGUAGAACAGAUAGAUUUAGAAAGCAAACCAGAUGGAGGGCUUCAACCAACUGUACAGGUGAAUAGACAGAAUGGUUCCUUCAUUAAAGGUAAAAUGGUGUCUACAGGCCUUGCACAGUGCGGCAGUUCGAUUGACGGACAAGAUACUCUGUCUCUGUCGAAGACGCUUCCCGUUGAUACAUCUCAUACUCUAGGUGUUGUAGUGAGGAACACGGGCAAUGAAAAAAUCCAGGAAAGAAUAAAUGACCACAGCCGAGAUCAAGUGACAGUUCAGAAUAAAGUCAAGGAUGAGAGAAUGGUGGACUUGAUGCUUCCCGUUGAUACAUCUCAUGCUCUAGGUGUUGGAGUGAGGAACACAGGCAAUGAAAAAAUCCAGGAAAGAAUAAAUGACUGCAACAGAGAUCAAGUGACAGUUCAGAAUAAAGUCAAAGAUGAGAGAAUGGUGGACUUGAGUACUGCUUGCGUGGAAAUCACAGCGAAUGGCCCAGUGGAGAAAGAAUGCAGCAGUUGGUGGGAGUUCUUCAACAGGAAAUGUCUGCACCCAGAAUUCUCUCAUAUGGUCUCACGAGCUUCUGGUGAAACUUCAACUGCCAGAAGUCGACCAAUGCCAUGGAAAGAAAAGGAGUGUGUAUUAGUUGACGGAGAAAGUGAAACUAAGCAAGCAACCCCAUGGGAAGAAAAGAUGGCAAGUGUAUUAGUUGAAGGAGAAAGUGAAAAGAAGGUGAAGCAUUGUUUCAGUGAAGCAUUUGUUUGUAGCAGUUCCAAGGGUCAAAGUUCAUCAAGUGCUAGUUCUGCGGCCCAUAUACAUAGGCUUCCCGGUUUCCCUGUCAAGGAGCAGAGAUACGAUGGAGCCCAUGAAGAUGUGAUGAUCCCUGAGAACUUGAGAGCCAUUGAAAGGCAUUUCUUUCCCAUGGAUUUUGGUCCUGUGAGGGACGACAGACUUGGGAGCACCUCUGUACCAUGGAAAGCUCCAUCAUCAGGCGAUGAUCUUGAGUUGGAAUUCCCUAAUCUUGAGCUUGCUUUAGGACCCAAACAGGGAAGACUUGCUCUUUUUGGGCAGACAAUCAGUGAGGCAAAUAACAAUGACAAGUGUCUAGAAUCACUGACGAAAAGGAAGGAUAAUGUUGAUAAUUGUGACAGUGCAGCUUCUCUUGCACUCUCUCUUGCCUUUCCUAUCUCUGAAAAGGAGCAUAUUCUGAGGCCUGUUUCGAGGACGGAGCAGAUUUUGCCUGAAAGGCACCAAGUGAACACUUCGCUGCUGCUGUUUCGUAGCUCCUCAGAUACAUAGAGAUUGUGGUGCAUACAAACUGUAAAUUACUGCCUGUGGAUGCUCCCCCAGUGUAUACCAAUGAUCAUCAAGGUCCAAGGAUGAUCUUCUAUGGGUUCAAUCAGUGAACCCACUCAUCUGUUCAUAGCCUCACAAAAUCCUUUUGUAAUUUUUUUUUUCCUGCCUUUUCUUAUUUCCCUUAUUUUGGUUCUUCAUUUACUUUUAGUUUCGAGUGUGAUAGUUACGGCUGUUUGUAUAUAAAGAGAAUGAAAGCCGCCAAGUCUCUAAACGACAUGUGGGGCAUUGCAAAGGAUGUCUGUAAGUUGAGAUUCCUCUCUCUCGGUCAUUCCUUUUUCUGCCCGCAGUUUUCAAUAGUUUAUAAACUUUCUCCAGA